CGGGGGAGGGGAGGAGAAAGAGGGGAGCCCCUUAUCGCACGCCCCGCGCCGCUGGGCUGUGCCUGGGCAGUGUUUCAGCACACGGCCGGUGUUACACCGUGUUCCAGGCAGUGCGAACGCAGGAACCUCAAGCAUCUGGUCUGCCUGAGUACAUAAAGAUUGUAGAAGUUGGGCCGAGGGAUGGUUUACAAAAUGAAAAGAUGAUAGUCCCAACUGAUACAAAAAUUGAGUUCAUCAACCAGCUUUCCAAAACAGGCCUGCCUGCAAUAGAAGUGACCAGUUUUGUUUCAUCCAAAUGGGUGCCUCAGAUGGCAGAUCACAAAGAAGUAAUGAGUGGUAUUGAGCGGCAUCCUGGAGUACAGUAUCCUGUUCUUACACCUAAUCUUCAAGGUUUUCAUUCUGCUAUUGCAGCAGGAGCUACAGAAGUCUCAGUAUUUGGUGCAGCGUCUGAAUCUUUUAGCAAAAUGAAUAUUAAUUGUUCAAUUGAAGAAAGCAUGGAAAGGUUUGAAGAAGUCACUAAAUCUGCAAGGAAUAUGAAUAUUCCAGUGCGUGGGUACGUGUCCUGUGCCUUGGGAUGCCCAUAUGAAGGAAAUGUUGUACCAGAUAAAGUGGCAGAAGUAUCUAAGCGGCUGUACAGUAUGGGCUGUUAUGAAAUCUCUCUGGGAGAUACAAUUGGUGUGGGGACACCUGGAAGUAUGAAAAAAAUGCUGGAAGCUGUUAUGAAAGAAAUUCCUUUGAGUGCUCUUGCUGUUCACUGUCAUGACACGUAUGGCCAGGCGUUAGCCAAUAUCCUCACAGCCAUACAGAUGGGAGUUGCUGUAGUGGAUUCAUCUGUUGCAGGACUUGGUGGUUGUCCCUAUGCAAAAGGUGCUACUGGAAAUGUAGCCACAGAGGAUGUGAUAUACAUGCUGAAUGGUCUGGGGAUCAACACAGGAGUAAAUCUUUGUGCUGUUAUGGAAGCUGGAAAUUUCAUCUGCACAGCUUUGAGCAAGAAAACAAAUUCGAAGGUUGCACAAGCUUCCUUCAGUACUGGAACUAUCAAUUAAAUGGAUUUUUCUUUUUGCAGCUUGAUUACAUUUUCCAUUUUCCUUGACCAAGGACAUUUGCAUCAGGAAAAGAAACAAGAAAAUCAUUGAAUCAAAGAAGCAGAAUAGUUUUGUUUUGUUUUGUUUUGUUUUAAUGGGAAGAGUUAUUGUACUGUACUGUCUUGUAAGGAAGUGUCAGACUUUUAAGAAAAAAAUGACUGCAUUAUAGAACCCUGUACUUGGUACUUCUACAGAUGAGAAAAAUGUAUAAACAUUAGGACAUUUUACCAUGUUUUAAACUGAAUUUUUAGUUCUUUUCAGGAAAACCAGGUAGAAGCAAUGAGUACAUAGUUAAAUUUUAAUCAAGAUGUCUUUCAGAACAGUACAAAUAUUUUCAGUAGUUUAUGAGAUCUCACACUGUGUGUGGCCAUUCUAUUAUGUAUUUUAUUUAUAUGAAUUCUUGCUUUUCAUUUGUCAAGUCACUGUGUUAUGAACAUGGAGCUAAAUCUGAAUUCACCAUAAGAAUUUUUUAGCAAUAGAACUUCUUUUAAAUUUUGUUUAACAUCUGUUAAAUUAUGGAUGACUUUAUCUUGUUCCAAGACAUUGUGGUGAGUGGCACUCUGCCAGAUGCUUCAAAUACUCCUGCAAAUUUCCUUAUUUGUUACAUAUGUUAAAUUUGUUGUAAUUGCCUUUUUUGGUCAACUUAUUAAAACCUAAUUAUAUGAAGCAAAUAAAAAUUGGCAGGGUUUUCAACAUCAUUCAGGUUCAUAGUAGUGUCAAAGGAGAUACAUUUCAUCCAAGGUUUCAUCAAACAAUUAGAUUUUUCAUUAUGUAGGCUAUGAAUUGAUAUUCUCAUUCAGAAGUCACAGUUUUUCAGGAUAAUAGUAUUUUACUGGACUAGCUUACACAAAGGAGACCAUUUACAAUUUUUUAUUUUUGUGCUUUAUUGAUAAUGAUACUGUUCUUUUAAAUGCCUUAAAAGAAGGCAUUUAAAAGACAAUAUCACAAGAUGCCAGUGAACUGCACUGUCAUUUCUAGAUCAAUAAUGAACAAAUGGACACAUUCAAAGAGCCUAAUCUUAUCUAUAAAUGUUCAGGUGUGCCAUGAAAAUACCGUCAUGUUUUUCAGCCUGAAACUUCAGUACUCUUACUGGUUGGUUGUGUAGGAUCUGUCUGUACUUCUCUGUGUACUUAACUAUACUUUUUCUGAACCUGUUGACAAGAAAAUCUAAAACCCUG